AUGACGGGUGAGAAACCCAAUCGUUGUGAUAUCUGUGGUAAAUCAUUCUCUCGGAGUGGUCAUUUAACUACACAUAUACGUAUUCAUAAGGGUGAGAAACCCUAUCAUUGUGAUAUCUGUGGUAAAUCAUUCUCUCAAAGUACUCAUUUAGCUACACAUAUACGUAUUCAUAAGGGUGAGAAACCCUAUCGUUGUGAUAUCUGUGGUAAAUCAUUCUCUCGGAGUGGUCAUUUAGCUACACAUAUACGUAUUCAUACAGGUGAAGAACCAUAUCACUGUGAUAUCUGUGGUAAAUCAUUCACUCAAAAUAGUCACCUCAUUACACAUAUACGUAUUCAUACAGGAGAGAAACCAUAUCACUGUGAUAUCUGUGGUAACUCAUAUUCUGUAAGUAGUUUGUUAACUCGACACAAGCGAAUUCAUACUGGAGAGAGACCAUAUCACUGUGAAAUCUGUGGUAAAUCAUUCUCUAAUAGUAGUGUCUUGUCUAGACAUAAACGUAUUCAUACAGGAGAGAAGCCAUAUCAUUGUGAUAUCUGUGGUAAAUCAUUCUCUGGCAGUAAUGUUUUAAUUUCGCACAAACGUGUUCAUACAAAGGAGAAGCCGUAUGACUGUGAUGUCUGUGGUAAACGAUUCUCAGAAAAUAGUCACUUAACUAAUCAUAAACGUAUUCAUACAGGAGAAAAACCAUAUUGUUGUGAUGUCUGUGGUACAUCAUUCUCCUAUAGAGGUUCAUUAACUGCACACAAACGUAGUCAUACAGGUGAGAAACCAUAUCGCUGUGAUAUCUGUGGUAAAUCACUCUCUCGAAGUAAUGACUUGAUUGCACACAAACGUAUUCAUACAGGUGAGAAACCAUAUCAUUGUGAGGUCUGUGGUAAAUCAUUCUCUCAAAAUAGUAGCUUAACAAAACACAAACAUAUUCAUACAGGAGAGAAACCAUAUCAUUGUGAGGUCUGUGGUAAAUCAUUCUCUACAAGCAGUAACUUAACUUCACACAGGUUUAUUCAUACGGGAGAAACACCAUAUCAUUGUGAUAUUUGUGGUAAAUCAUUCUCUCGGAAGAGGAACUUAACUAAACACAAACGUAUUCAUACAGUAGGUGAACCCUAUCACUGUGAUAUCUGUGGUAAAUCUUUCUCUCAAAGUGCUUAUUUAAAUGCACAUGUAUAUAUUCAUAAGGGUGAGAAACCCUAUCGUUGUGAUAUCUGUGGUAAAUCAUUUGUUUGGAAGAGUUCCUUAAUUACACACAGACUUUUCGCUUCCCUUGAAUUGAGUAUAAAAAUGUAG